AUGGAUGCAUCAAAAAUUACCAGUAAGACAAGUUCACUUAAAGCUUUGAUUUUGAAAGCCUGGCGUGAAAGAUGGACUGAUAUUCAAUGGGGCAUAAACAUCAAGACUAUUCUUCCAAGAGGGGUCAGUGGAGAUCUGUAUAACUUGGCUGACUGCAUUUUACAACAAGCAAUGGUAGGCUGUGGUGCCAAUCAGUUAGUAAUUUCAUAUCUAAAACAUUCCCUGGCGUCACAUCUUGUAUCUUAUGCUGCUGUAUUGCAAAGAAUAGCGAAAUUUGACGCCUUUCACAAACCACACUGUAUUCUAAGUCUCCUAGAAUUCUUAGAGGGAUUUCUUGACAGUAUAACAUGUCGCAGCAAAAUGGAAGAGGAAAUAUUGGCAUUUGCUGUGUCUUCUAUCAUCUUGUGGCUUUUACAAGUGUACCACUAUUCAUUGAGUAAGUACCCGGCAUCAAAUCCUAUACAAAGCCAAGAACUUUUGGAAAAAUCAACAUCAUUACUUAAUUCCAUCAUUCAUUCAGACUUUCUUUUAUCUAUGUUUUAUCUUGCUAAACAAAAUGAUCCAGAUGAAUAUAAUGAAGUAACAAAAAAAUGUCAGGAGAUCACAGCAUUUAUGAUGAUGAACACUCAAUUUAAAGCACCGGUUACAAUACAUGAUACUUUGCAAAAGAUUUGUAAUAUGGAUGUUGAUAAAAUCGCUCCAUUGAAUAAUAAGCCAGAGACAGUGUCUUACUGCCUACAAGCCUUAAUAGCAAUCUCUGUGUUGGUUAAUCCUAGUGCUGAUAUGCAACAGUUAUCUAGCCAGUUAAUAAUGAUACAAAGAAUAAAAACUUAUCCAUUGUCAAGACUUUACUGUGAGUUAAUUAGAGCAUGUUUUAUUUCUUUAAAUGAUGCAAGUAAAGAUCCAUCAAAACAAGCCUUGUGGGCUGCAUUCACAUUUCUUAAAUUACCACAAAUUAUACAUUGUCUCCAUAACUCGCAUGGUACCAAUAAAGAUGGCGAUUAUUCUGUAGAAGUGGUAGAAGCUUUUGAGAAACUUUUGCAAAAUACUCCUCUUCUUGAUGUUGUUGAUGCAAAGAAUUCAUGUAACAGUGUUGUGUCAUUGUUAGAACCCCUUGUGAAAUUAAAUGUGAUAUCAGAGACUCAACUUGCAUAUUUUAAUCAAAAAAGAGAAAGUAAAGAUGUUAAGUUACAAAAAUUAGAACCAAUCGGUCUUCAAGGAUCUGUCCCAUCAUUUAUUACCCGUGCAGAACCUACAUUAGCUGGAAUGCUUAAAACUAUGGGAGGAGAUUUCCAUAAAACUCAAGAAUCAUUAUAUGUAAUGUUAUGCCAAAUUGUUGGAGGAACCACGUUAGAUACUUUUCUAGCUGUUGCAACUGUAGAAGGAAAGCUAAAAUUAUUUGUCUCAAGAUUGAUAAAGUUUAAUGAAUUUGCUCUCCUUACUGCUAGUGAAAAAGGAGCAUCUCAAUCAAAAGUAUAUAUUUUUGAUAUUUCAUUUUUAAUUUUAUGCUCUAUUGUCCAGGAUUAUGGAGCUGAUGCUGUUCUUGAAGAAAAUGGAGAUUCGUUUUUUGAACAGUGGGUUAGAGAUUGCAUGCCACAAAAAGGCAUUCAUAAAUCACCAGAGCAAAUAUUACAAAAAUGUGAUUUACAACUCAUUGACCUUUUUAUACAUCAUUUGAGUGCCCCUGAUUUUGACUUUAAGAAUACUAAUUUAAAACCUCACGAUUUGUGUACUAAUGUGAGUGGAGUUAUAAAAGAGGUAUUAUUUGCGUGGGAGCAGGGAUCAAUUUCCUCUGCAGAUGUAAAACGUAUGUUAGAUUCUUUAAGACAAAAAAUGGCUUCGUUAGCUGUUUGUGCUUCAGUAUGGCUCUGUUCAUAUAUUAAUGUUGUACAUCAAGAUGCAUUUAUAAAACCAUUAAAUAUGGUACAGCAGUUUUUGUCACCACCAAGUGAAGUAGAAUUAGCUCAAAUUGAUAAUUUCAAGGAGAGAGCUAUCCUUAUGUGUCAAAUAGUGAGAAAGAUGCAGUAUGACGUUCAUCCUCCAUUGGCACCAAAAUCUAAAAUUUUACCCUUUUCUCAUUGCAUUGUUUCUCGUCAACCAAUUCUAGAACAAUUACAGUUUGUAUGGGAAGAUAUUAAAACUAGAGGGUACUUACACAUAGAUGCUACUCAUAUUGUUGAGAGCCUUUUAAAUACUGCUGGCCCAGUAUGGUUUGUUACAAAUUUGGUCAAGGAAAUGCUAAAAUUUCGAUAUCAGGAUGAUUUAGACAGGUCUGUUGACAUUAUUUUGGCAAUGUUCCAUUUGAAUAUUGAAAAAUGUACUGAAUCAUUAUUACUACAUGUUUUGCCUCAGUAUCUUUAUAAUGCUAAAUUAUGUGAUGAGCUAGUUGAACCCCAAUCAGCUAUUUUGGCUAGACUUUGUGUGUACAGCAUUUAUGCAGCACUUGAAUAUAGUGUUUCUAAUAAGGCUAAUACCUCUAGAAAAAGACGACAUGACGAAUCUGAAGAUUUAGAUUCAAUGUGUUCUUCAAGCAAAGUAAGAAGAAUGAAUGACAAUACAUCAGACUCUCUGUAUUACUCUCAAGGUCAAAACAACAUGUCUAGCAUUGUUAUAAAAGAACCCUUACAAACAGCUUUAGAUGUAUUGUAUAAGUCAUUUUCCCAACUAGCUGGAAAGAAUGGCGAUAUUACACCUCAAACACAAUUUAUAUUCGAGUUUUUGGUAUAUGCAGUUCAGUGUGGUCAGGAUAGAGCUCAAAUUGUGUUACAGAAAAUGCCAAGUGAAAUUGUUCCUACUCUAAUAAAAGCUUUACCUGAUAACUUCAAUGUUGGACUAAUAUUACGCUUAUAUGACUUGUCUACGUCAUAUGGCAGAAAAGAUACUGCUAGAGAUCUGUGCCUCUUGAGAAAUAUGCGUCUCAGGCCAGAAUAGUGUUUUUUUAAUUAUCAGUCACUAGCAACCCGCCCCGGCCCUACUGUAUUUUGCAUGUAUUAUAGAAAUAAACCUUCCUCUGGAAUCACUAUUUACUAAAGAAAACCUGCAUCAAAAUCUGUUGUGUGGUUUUAUAGAUCUAAGUAUACAGAUAGAGGGAAGUGACUUUGUUCGAUACUAUGUAAUGAUAUUGAUAAUAAAUAUAUUGCUUGAUGUAAUUUCCAAAUAAGGAUAAAAUAAAAGAUUUAUUUUAAA